UCCAUAACGCUGCAAGCAGUUAUUUAUAUAUCUCCACCUCUUCUUGUCUGGACAAAAUAAAAGAAAAAUAAGCAACUUCUCCUCUUCCUAUUAUCUUCGUUUCCGGUAAAUUAGUUUGAGAGCUUCUCUAUUAAAUUAGUAUGACGGCGAUAAUGAUGAUCAUGCGAAGGCGGUGUUAAUGGUGACGGUUGUGCUCAAUUGAUUGUUCCGUUAAUUGACAGAAUUUUACCGUCAGUUCAAAAACACAAGACAGAGAACGGAGAUACGAUUCGCUUCCUUUCACAGUUUUAUUAUUCUCUGUAUAUCAAAUUUAUUUGUUUAAUUUGGUCAUUCAAUUAGGAUAAGUGAAAAAAGAAAAGGAAAUCCCCGUAUCUGCUGUAAUUAGGGUUUUUGGCUUUUCUAUUUUAGUUAGUUUGGGGAUAUCCGAUUUUGUAAUUGUAGCGCUCCUCUCCUCAUACUGUACAAUCAACUAUAAAUUUUGCAUUGUGUCUUUUUUAUUUAUUUGUUAACUUUUUGGGUUAUCUUUCAUCGAAGAUUUAUCGAUAAGUUUGUGCUUAAUUCUCCCAAUAUAUAAAAAAAACUGCCAAAAAAUAUAGAAGCAAAAAAAAAAAAUACAGAAAAUUGAUAAAAAAAAAAAAGUAUAAAAUUUGCUUAAAUUAUUACAAAUGGGGAGCCCUGGAUUGAGCACUCGAAGUAACGGGCAGCCGCAACAGCAGCGAUUUGGCAUUACUGAACCCAUAUCUUUGGGCGGGCCUACUGAGUAUGAUGUGAUAAAGACACGCGAGCUUGAAAAGCUUUUGCAAGAUGCGGGAUUGUAUGAGAGUCAAGAGGAGGCUGUGAGUAGAGAGGAAGUGCUUGGCAGAAUUGACCAGAUUGUGAAGCAUUGGGUCAAAGUAAUUAGCCGCAUGAAAGGGUUAAAUGAGCAGUUGGUGCAAGAAGCAAAUGCUAAGAUUUUCACCUUUGGUUCUUAUCGGUUAGGGGUGCAUGGCCCUGGUGCAGAUAUCGACACACUUUGCGUGGGACCUAGACAUGCAACACGAGAAGAAGAUUUUUUUGGUGAGCUACAUAGAAUGCUUUCUGAGAUGCCUGAAGUGACAGAGUUGCAUCCUGUUCCUGAUGCACAUGUUCCAGUGAUGAAAUUCAAGUUUCUGGACGUUUCUGUGGAUCUUCUCUAUGCAAAAUUGUCCCUUUGGGUGAUUCCUGAAGAUUUGGAUAUUUCACAGGACUUGGUACUACAAAACACUGAUGAACAAACUGUUCGUAGUCUUAAUGGCUGUAGAGUUACAGACCAUAUUUUACGAUUGGUGCCUAAUAUUCAGAAUUUCCGCACAACAUUGCGAUGCAUGAAAUAUUGGGCAAAGCAACGUGGUGUUUAUUCAAAUGUUUCAGGGUUUCUAGGUGGUAUAAACUGGGCAUUACUUGUUGCACGCAUAUGCCAGCUAUUUCCCAAUGCACUGCCCAAUAUGCUAGUCUCCCGGUUUUUCAGGGUGUAUACACAAUGGCGUUGGCCAAAUCCAGUCAUGCUCUGUGCAAUUGAAGAAGGAUCUCUUGGUCUUUCAGUUUGGGAUCCUAGAAGAAAUCCAAAGGACAAGAAUCAUUUGAUGCCAAUCAUCACUCCUGCUUAUCCUUCCAUGAAUUCUAGCUACAAUGUGUCAUACAGCACUUUGCGCAUCAUGUCAGAAGAGUUUCAAAGGGGGAAUGAUAUAUGUGAGGCUAUGGAGGCAAGUAAGGCUGAUUGGGAUAAUCUAUUCGAGCCUUUCGCAUUCUUCGAAGCAUACAAGAAUUACCUGCAGAUAGAUAUUGGUGCAGAAAAUGAAGAUGAUCUAAGAAAGUGGAAAGGCUGGGUUGAAUCUCGUCUUCGUCAACUUAUCUUAAGGAUUGAGAGAUACACAUAUAAUAAGCUUCAAUGCCAUCCAUACCCAGGCGAAUUUACAGACAAAUCUAGACCUCUGCAUUGUUCGUAUUUUAUGGGUUUGCAACGGAAACAAGGAGCUCAUGCAAAUGAAGGGGAACUGUUUGAUAUCAGGUUAACUGUUGAGGAAUUUAAAAAUGUUGUCAAUAUGUAUACCUUGUGGAUGCCUGGGAUGGAGAUCUAUGUAACUCACGUAAAGCGAAGAAGUAUUCCUAGUUUUGUUUUUCCAAGUGGUAUCCGUCCUCGUUCAUCAAAAGAAACUUGGGAUAGCAGACGAAGUUUAGCAGAAAAAUUAGCUGAAGGUAGAGGAGUUUCAGAUGGAUCGGAUGAAGGAAGGAAGAGAAAGCAGACUGACGACAAUAUAGGAAAUCUGAAGAAAAUUGCCCAGCCUUGCGCCUCUUCUACUUUUAGUGGGGAAGUCAGUAAUGGAAGCCCUUCCUCUAGCAAUGUUGCAAAUACAAACGGAAUAGGGAUUGAAGUCUCAGCUGAGAAUGGGAUAACAGAAGAUGUGUCAAAUAUUUCAAAUAAUUUAGCAGGUUUUCUUGCUCACAAUGGUGAGCUUAAUCCACUGAGUAAAGUUUUGCCCGCUGCCGAUGAAGCACCAUCUGAUGAUGCUGAGAAGCUUGCAAUUGAGAAAACAAUUUCAGACCCUUAUAUUACCAAUCAAGCCUUACCUCAAGAACUUGAAGAGCUUGAAGAUGGCUUUCAAAAUGGAAAUCAGGUUAAAGAUGAAGGAGCCAACACAAGUGACAGUUCAAUGGAAUCUUCACUGCCAAAUACAAGUUUUACAAAACCAUCAGAUGCACCAAUCGUCUCCAACAAUGGAGCUGGUGCAUUCACUUCUGUAUGUCCUAAUGGUGGCUUGGAGGAGCUUGAGCCUGUUGAACUUGCGGCACCAAUUUCUAAUGGGAUUUCAUCUGCAGCACCUGUGGCUCAACGAAAGCCACUUAUCAGGUUGAGCUUCACUUCACUAGGUAAAGCCAAUGGCAGAUGCAGUUAAAAGGGACAGAGUGUAAGCUGGAAGAAAGCUGGCGGCGCCUGAACUUGAGCAUUGUCUAGAUUUUUCGAUGUACAAGGAGAAUUCGCGAAGAAGAGAAAACUCUUCCUUUGUAACAAUAAUAUUCUAUUCUGUGUGUAAUAAUCUUGAAUAUCUCCUUUUUUAAGUCAGUUUUAAUGCAUGAAAAUAUGUUAUAUAUAAGAAAAGACACUUCAUAAA